AUGUACGAGGAUGUCCCGACGCCUGCGGUCAAAUCAACACCCAAGAAGAGUGAAGCUAGUCCGCAAAAGAAGAAGCCAGUCGAGAAGGACACAGAGAAACCUGCUGCGAAGAAACGAGGACCUAGCAAAGACGAGCGAGCUGCCGAGAUAGCGAGCCUAUUCAAGUGCGCUGCUGCACGACGAAAGAAGGAGGGCGUAGAGGAACUCGACAAGCCGCCUGGUCUACCCAACUGUUUGGCCGGUCUUACCUUUGUAUUCACCGGGGAGUUGAAUUCGAUGAGCCGAGAGGAAUCUACAGAAGUGGUCAAGCGGUUAGGAGGAAAGGUAACCACGAGUGUGUCGGGCAAUACAACAUACGUCGUCGCAGGAGAGGGAGCCGGACCGAGCAAAUUGAAGAAGAUCGAAGAACUGGGCAUACGUCAAGUUAGCGAGGCCGAGUUCUACGAUCUGAUCAGAUAUAGACCGUCUGGAGGGAAAUUGACCGAGAAGCAAAAAGAAGCUCAGGAGAAAGCAGAGAAGCAGAUGAAGGAAGAAGCUAAACGGAUGGAGAAGGAAGAACAGGCGACGGAAAAGGCCCAGGCGCGAAAAGCCGUGGUUGCAGGCAGGGAAGGCAUUGCAGCAAAGCGAGGUCCGGCGUUGAGCAGCCAGUUAUGGACGACCAAAUAUGCUCCCAAGACUUUGAAGGAGAUUUGUGGCAAUAAAGGUUUGGUCGAGAAGCUUGGAACUUGGUUGGAAGCCUGGCCAGCGAAUUACAAGGCUAAUUGGAAGAAGCCUGGAAAAGAUGGUUCGGGAAGCUUUGCAGCUGUCCUGAUCAGUGGCCCUCCGGGAAUCGGCAAAACGACCUCAGCGCAUCUCGUCGCCAAGCUCAAGGGCUAUUCUCCUAUCGAGUUGAACGCAUCCGAUGCCCGAAGCAAGAAGCUGAUCCAGAACGCUACAAAUGUCGACAAUGCGUCGCUCGACGGGUGGUUCGCGGGGGGUGGUCUCACGAAAGAUUCUGCUGCAGGCCUGGAAAUCAACUCUCGGUCAUGCUUGAUCAUGGACGAAGUGGAUGGAAUGUCAGGGGGCGAUCGGGGAGGGGUCGGAGCGAUGAACAUCCUCAUCAAGAAAACAAGAAUCCCGAUCAUUCUUAUCUGCAACGACGCUAGUACGCCGAAGAUGAAACCGCUUAAUGGAACCACCUGGCCAAUGAAAUUCCGACGACCCUCGAAUACUGAAAUGCGGGCUCGCUUGAUGACGAUCGCGUUCAAGGAGGGUUUGAAGCUGGAGGCAUCCGCUCUGGAUACCCUGAUCGAAUCUAGCCAGUCGGAUCUGCGGCAAGUGCUGAAUAUGCUUUCAACGUGGAGAUUGUCGAAACAGGCAAUGUCAUUUGAAGAUGGCAAGAGUCUUGGCAAAGAAAGCCAAAAAUAUACCAUCAUGACCCCCUUCAACAUCGUGCCUGCCCUGAUCGGUCCAUAUGCCUUUUCCAAGACCAGUCGCCAGACUCUAAAUGACAAGCUGGAUCUGUACUUCCAAGACUUUAGCUUUGUUCCUCUCUUCAUCCAAGAAAACUAUCUCAAGAACGCUCCGGCUAGAAUUCCGAAAGGCGACGAUCCAGAGAGUCAGAUGAAACGGCUCGAAUGCUUUAGCAAGGCUGCUGAUGCCAUCUCGGAUGGGGAUUUGAUUGACCGAAUGAUACAUGGUCAAGAACAGCACUGGUCCCUCUUGCCUGCACAUGGGUUCAGCUCUACCAUUCGUCCCGCCUACUGGAUUUAUGGAGGAAGUUCAGCGGCCGGAUACAACCCGGUUUCUUUCCCUGCUUUCUUGGGCCAAAACUCGAAACGUCAAAAGCUGGCCAGACUCCUUGGAGACAUCCAGAUCAAGAUGCGCUUGAAAGUAUCUGGUAGUCGCGAUGAAGUACGCCAAGACUACAUGCCCUUGCUGGCAUCGAAAAUUGUCCUUCCGCUCACCAGGAAGGACGAAGCCGCGGACGCGCCAGAAAGCAUCAUUCCCUAUCUCGAUGAAUAUUAUCUUAACAAAGAGGAUUGGGACGCCUUUGUAGAGCUUGGAGUUGGAGAAAUGAAAGGUGAAACUAUCUCUAGCAGGAUCCCCGCAGCAACCAAAGCGGCUUUCACUCGAGCGUAUAACAAGGUGGAUCAUCCUGUUGCGUUCCACCGAGGUGAACUGCUCUUUGCCGGAAAGAAGGGAACAGCACCUAGGCCAGAUUUCGAUGAAGCGUUUGAUGAGCAAGAAGCGCCGGCAGGAGAUGAGGACGACGCCGACGCCGAGACACCUGAUCCCAACGCCGACUUGGGCAAGGACAAGUUGAUCAAGAUGCCAAAACCCAAGAGAGCUAGCAAGGCCACCCCUGCGGCCAGCAAGGCGCCAGUGAAGCGUAAGAAGAAGGAUUGA